UCUCAAGACAAGCGGCAUUGAGAUUUCAGCGACAGCGUUAGAGACCGAAAGAUGUGUAGCUCCUGCUGAAAAACACGCUGUCCUCAGACUAAACGAUGUUACUGUUUGCCGGGGUCGAAUCGAACUGAGGUCUAGCAAAAGCAUCGGUGGGAUCCAGAGUUAAAAGACGGAUUGUACAAUAAGCACGAGCGAUCAGCGAGACGAGAUUUGAACGCGCUGCUGCUGCCGUAGGAGAUCAGCGGACGGCUGCCCGAGAUCUAUUCAACAACAUUUCUUUGUUUCUUCGCGUAAUUCCGGUUUUCUUUCGUCUUUAAUAUGGCGAGCGAUUCUCCGGCUCGGAGCCUGGAUGAAAUAGACCUCUCCGCGUUAAGGGACCCUGCAGGAAUAUUUGAGCUUGUGGAGCUUGUCGGGAAUGGCACGUAUGGUCAGGUGUACAAGGGCCGACAUGUCAAAACAGGUCAACUGGCUGCCAUCAAGUGCAUGGAUGUCACAGGGGAGGAAGAGGAGGAGAUCAAAGCUGAGAUCAACAUGCUGAAGAAAUACUCUCACCACAGGAACAUUGCCACCUACUAUGGUGCCUUCAUUAAAAAGAACCCUCCCGGUGUGGACGACCAGCUGUGGCUGGUGAUGGAGUUCUGUGGCGCAGGCUCAGUGACAGACCUGAUCAAGAACACCAAGGGCAACUCACUGAGGGAAGACUGGACUGCCUACAUUAGCAGAGAGAUCCUCAGGGGCCUCACUCAUCUCCACCAUCACAAAGUCAUCCACAGAGACAUCAAAGGCCAGAAUGUGCUGCUAACAGAGAACGCGGAGGUCAAACUAGUGGACUUUGGUGUGAGUGCACAGCUGGAUCGCACCGUGAGCCGCAGGAACACUUUCAUCGGUACUCCUUAUUGGAUGGCACCAGAAGUCAUCGCGUGUGACGAGAACCCUGACGCCACGUAUGACUACAAGAGUGACCUGUGGUCGUUGGGAAUCACAGCCAUUGAGAUGGCUGAAGGAGCCCCACCCCUUUGUGAUAUGCACCCAAUGAGAGCCCUGUUUCUGAUCCCUAGAAACCCGGCUCCCAGGCUCAAGUCCAAGAAGUGGUCUAAAAAGUUCCAGUCAUUCAUUGAGAGCUGUCUGGUGAAAAACCACAACCAGAGGCCCAGCACAGAGCAGCUCCUCAAACAUUCUUUUAUCCGAGAACUGCCCAACGAGAGGCAGAUCCGCAUUCAGCUGAAGGACCACAUCGACCGCACCAAGAAGAAGAGAGGCGAGAGAGAUGAGACGGAGUAUGAGUACAGCGGGAGUGAAGAGGACGAGGAGGAGCACGACAUGGGAGAAGCCAGCUCCAUCAUUAACAUACCCGGAGAGUCCACUCUGAGGCGGGAUUUCCUACGGCUGCAGCUGGCCAAUAAGGAGAGAUCAGAGGCCCUGCGCCGACAGCAGCUGGAACAACAGCAGAACGAGGGACACAAGCACCAACUACUGGCAGAGAGACAGAAACGCAUUGAGGAACAAAAAGAGCAGAGGCGCCGAUUAGAAGAGCAACAGCGGCGUGAACGUGAGCUCAGGAAGCAGCAGGAGAGGGAGCAGAGGCAUCGCUAUGAGGAGCAGCUCCGUCGAGAUGAGGAGAGGAGACAGGCCGAGAGAGAGCAGGAGUAUAUCCGUCGUCAGUUGGAGGAGGAACAGAGGCAGCUCGAGAUUCUGCAGCAACAGCUUUUGCAAGAGCAGGCACUCCUACUGGAGUAUAAACGUAAACAGCUGGAGGAACAGAGACAGGCAGAGAGACUGCAAAGACAGCUCCAACAAGAGAGAGCUUACCUUGUAUCUCUCCAACAACAACAACAGCAGCAGCAGCAGCAACAACAAGACCCCAGACCUGCAGAGAAGAAGCAGCUCUAUCAUUACAAAGAUGUAGUCAACCCCAGCGAUAAACCUGCCUGGGCCAAAGAGGUUGAGGAGCGCUCUAAACUGAACCGCCAGAGUUCUCCUGCCCUGCAGCAUAAAGUGGCUAACCGUAUCUCCGACCCUUCCCUUCCACCACGCUCAGAGUCCUUUAGCAGUGGGGGUAUGCAGCCAGCACGGACCCCUCCUAUGCACCGCCCUGUGGAGCCUCAGAUGGCUCAUUUGGUUCCAGUGAGAUCCCAUAGCUCCUCUCUGUCAGUCUCUCAGUCCUUGCAUGAUCAAUCUGCCAAAGGCGUUUCAGCCUUUCAGGAGAGUCUGGUGUCCCAUCGGCCAGAGAUGCCACGGCAGAACUCCGACCCGACUUCAGAGAUGCCCCCUCCGGCCCCUCGCAUGGCCAGCCGCGAGGAAAAGCCUGACCGCAGUUCCCCCUGGCUAAUGGAAGAAGAUGUUCCUCCCAAGGUGCCUCAGCGGACUACUUCUAUCUCUCCUGCUCUGGUGAGGAAGAACUCUCCUGGAAACGGAGAGUCUGGAGGGGGGCGAGCGGCCUCCCAGCUCAUCGCACCCAGUAAUCCAGACCUGAGGAGGACAGAGAUGUCCCUGGAUGUGGCUCUGCAGAGAACCAGCAGUAACAGCUCAUCCAGCUCCAGCACGCCCAGCUCUCAGGGCGGCUCGCAACCUGGAUCCAGUGAAAGGAACCAGCCCAAAGGCUCUGGUAAAUCAGAAGGAUCUCCAGUGGCAUUACAGGAGACUUCCAAACCCAUUCAGGAGGAGAGCAGAGAGUUGAGCAAACCUGGUCGACCUGCGGAUCUGACUGCCCUGGCUAAAGAACUGAGGGAGUUGCGAAUAGAUGAAAUUAACCGGCCGCCCCUUAAACUGACCGACUACUCCUCCUCCAGUGAGGACUCUGAGAGCAGCGAGGAUGAGGAUGGUACUGUGGGGCAUGAUGGCACAGUGCCAGUCAGUGACAUCCCAAGGAUCAUGCCCUCCGUUCAGGGGAAUAAUGAGUCUUUCACGAGCAGCCGUGAUGAGUCCUUCGGCGACUCCUACAGUGAUGAGUCUAAGGAUGGCACUCUAAGAAUGAGAGAGACCAGUGAGAGGCAGCGUUUGGGACACGGCGAGAGCAAUGGUUUCGCAGGCCACGGGAACCUACCAGACCUGGUGCAGCAAAGCCACUCCCCAUCAGGAACUCCAACAGGCCUCAAUUCCCAGGACCUGGACUCUAUGGAUGAGUUUGGUCAUGGAGGUGGUUCGAAAGCUUCUUUCACUCCUUUUGUGGACCCACGUGUGUAUCAGACCUCCCCCACAGACGACAACGAUGAGAGCUCAGCGGCCGCUUUGUUUGCUAAUGAGCUGUUGCGUCAGGAACAGGCCAAACUGAACGAGGCUCGCAAGAUCUCCGUGGUCAAUGUCAACCCCACCAACAUCAGACCUCACAGCGAUACGCCAGAGAUCCGCAAAUACAAGAAGCGCUUCAACUCAGAGAUCCUGUGUGCUGCUCUUUGGGGUGUGAACCUUUUGGUGGGCACUGAGAAUGGUCUAAUGUUGCUGGACCGCAGCGGUCAGGGCAAGGUGUAUAACCUCAUCACUCGCCGGCGCUUCCAACAGAUGGACGUGCUAGAGGGUCUAAACGUCCUGGUCACCAUAUCAGGAAAGAAAAACAAGCUACGUGUCUACUACUUGUCAUGGCUGAGAAACAGGAUACUGCACAACGAUCCAGAGGUAGAGAAGAAACAGGGCUGGAUCACUGUUGGGGAUCUGGAAGGCUGUAUUCACUAUAAAGUUGUGAAAUACGAGAGAAUCAAAUUCCUGGUGAUCGCACUGAAGAGCUCUGUGGAGAUUUAUGCAUGGGCCCCCAAGCCGUACCACAAAUUCAUGGCUUUCAAGUCGUUCACAGAACUGCAGCACAGGCCUCAGCUGGUGGACCUGACUGUAGAAGAGGGUCAGAGGUUAAAGGUCAUCUAUGGCUCUAGUGUGGGCUUUCACGUCAUAGAUGUGGAUUCUGGAAACCCUUAUGAUAUCUACAUACCAUCACAUAUCCAGAGCAGUGUGACCCCUCAUGCCAUCGUGGUGCUUCCAAAGACUGAUGGCAUGGAGAUGCUGCUGUGUUAUGAAGAUGAGGGUGUUUACGUGAACACCUACGGCAGAAUCACCAAGGAUGUGGUCUUACAGUGGGGAGAGAUGCCCACCUCUGUUGCAUAUAUCCACUCCAACCAGAUCAUGGGCUGGGGAGAGAAAGCCAUUGAGAUCCGCUCUGUUGAAACGGGCCACCUGGAUGGUGUUUUCAUGCACAAGCGAGCUCAGAGACUUAAGUUCCUCUGUGAGAGGAACGACAAGGUGUUCUUCGCCUCUGUCCGAUCAGGCGGCAGCAGUCAAGUUUUCUUCAUGACACUGAACAGGAACUCUUUGAUGAACUGGUGAAGCUCCUGCAGACCAAACACUGUGGAGUCUUUUUCCUGUCAGAAUUGCAUCUGUGAGCGCACGGUACAUUGACACUUUGGUCUGAAAAAGAUUUUAAAAAAUAUUAGAGACUCUUGAGGAGUGAGCUUGGAGACAUGGGUCCGUCCCGUAGGUAGAGCUCUGGCUCUCUGCACACGGCUCAUGGAGGUGCAGUAUCUGACGUCACCUGCAGUGGCACGCAGCUCCCAGAAGAGGGGGCUGAUUAACUUGAACUUGGUUUUAGACCUUAUUUGUGGCCUCUGGUAAAGCCUGUUCUUUUAGGGUCCUCCCCUUUACGUUCCCGUCCUUGGUUUCCAAUUGGUUUUGAUCGACUUUUCCCUCAGUUUCCAAUGAAUUUUAGUCAGUUGCAUGAUUGUAAAGAAUCGGACAAUAUUUAAAAGAUAACAAACGUGGGGAUUACAUUAGCAAGCACUCAGGCUAAGACCGAGCUUUAGUCUCUUGAUGUUUCACUUUAAAAUAUUGGCGAACACUUCCGCCAGUUUCACAAAUAUCCGCGAUGCCCGUUUUUUGGUCCGAUUUCUCAAAAGAGAACGACAUGCUCAAAAGAAACAAAUAACACUGGUGCUCAUUUGUAUAUUGUCAACAAGAUCCAUAUACUGUACAUUUAUCCAAAGUACUGUAUCUCAAAGUAUAGCUGAGUUUGUUUUAUAGCUUUGAGGUUGGAAAUACGGAGCCGAACGGAUCACGAACGCAUCUUUAAGUUGCAUACCAUGCUUUGAAUUCUUUCUCUGGUCCUUUUUUGGAAUGUUUGAAACCUAAAGGAACAGAAGCACGAAAGUUGACUGAGUGAAAUCUAGUCAUACGUGGAAGAAAACGGUCCUCCUCACUGGUUGCAUGUUUGUGUAGACACUGGAUCAGAUGUUGUGUGAUGUGUAUGUCAGAGCAACAUGAUAUCUGAGAUCAAAAAGAAAAAAAAAUUACAAAUAGAAAGAAAAAGGAUAAAAGAUAAAAGCACCUGUAUUUCAGUGACGACUGAGAGUUGGUGAUGACUUUAUUUAGAUUACAUUAUAGUGCCUAGCACAAAUUAACCUGUGUGAAAUCAAUCUUUAGAGGCACUUUGAUUUUCUAUUUUUGCAUCUUGUAUUCUUACGCCAUGACUGUUGUUUUUGAGCCAUCUUUUGUAGGCUGUAAGUCUCGCUUCUCAGCAUUUCGAAGGAUUCAGCAUUGUUAUAUUAAGCUUCUUACUUUUAUUUUGUCACAAUGUUUAAUCAGUCAAAUGGCGCUCAAAACAUUCCAAAAAGGGAAAAGGGUCUUCACAAUUAUGUCUCUUGGACAAAAAUAUCACAAAUUUUGAAACUUCUUGGUACAAAUGUUGGUACAGAACUACUACAAUAAGUCAACAGAUAUUAACCAUAAUGUAUUGUUUUUGUAUUGUUCAUUAGAUCUUUUUUUUUUUUUUUUUUUUUUUUUUUUUUUUUAGUUUACUUUACUUCUUACUCUACUUCUGUUUUGUUUUAUAUGUUUGCCUGGGUCUUCAGUUCAACGCUUUAGAUGUUCUCAAGUAAGUCACUUGAUGUUUGCACACUAUAUAGAUAUUUAUAUUUCUUUCACAUCUCUUACAUAGCAAAAGAAGAUAUUUUAAUGGUGAGGGAAUGAAAGGUUUUUAGCAAUAAUGUCCUGCUGAUGUAUGUAUGUAUGCUGUGUGAAACACUGUGUUCGGCCAGUGCUGGGGAAGAACCUCACUGAGCUCUUUUAAUUAACUACUUUAUUUGACACUCAAGAAUGGUUACUUAAUGUUUCUGUCUUAAUACGUUUUUAAUGAUCGUCGAAGCUGUAAACAAGAUCCUUGUUUCUUUUACGGUGAUAGAAGCACUAUGUCCUCCUUUUUUUGGUUUGUUUUUUUAUUUUAUGAUAAGAAAAAAUAAACAAAUAAGUACCUUUU